AUGUCUGAACCGGUAGUUCCCACCGCCUACAGCCCCAAGAACAUGAAGUUCCGCUACCUGGGCAACACGGGUCUCCAGGUGUCGGUCUUCUCGCUCGGCGGCUGGUUGACCUACGGCGGUACCCAGAAGGGCAGCAUCGUCAAGGAGAUUCUCCAGACUGCCUGGGACCAUGGUGUGCAAACUUUCGAUACCGCCGAAGGCUACGCCGCCGGCGGGUCCGAGGUCGAGAUGGGCGCGGCCCUCAAGGAGCUCGCCUGGCCCCGCGACGAGUACGUUCUGACCACCAAGAUCUUCUUCGGCACCGCCCGUGAGGAACCCAACACCAGAGGUCUCAGCCGCAAGCACAUCAUCGAGGGCCUCAAGUCGUCUGUCGCCCGCCUCCAGACCCCCUACGUCGACGUCGUAUUCGCCCACCGCGCCGACGCCGCCACACCCAUGCUCGAGAUCGUCGAGGCCUUCACCCAGGCGAUCCGCAACCUCAACCUGGCCUACUACUGGGGGACGUCCGAGUGGAGCGCCGCCCAGAUCACCGAAGCCAUCCAGAUCGCCGAGAAGCACAACCUGAUCGCGCCCGUGGUCGAGCAGCCGCAGUACAACGCCUUUCACCGCGAGCGCUUCGAGGUCGAGUACGCGCCGCUGUUCCGGCAGUACGGCUACGGCACCACCACCUGGAGCCCGCUGGCCAGCGGCCUGCUGACGGGCAAGUACAACGACGGCAUCCCCGAGGACUCGCGGUUCGCGACCAACCCGGCCUUCUUCGCCGACACGGUCAAGAGCCUCAAGAGCGACGAGGGCCAGGCCAAGCUCGACAAGGUCCGCAAGCUCACCAAGAUCGCCGAGCGCCUCGGCGUCUCCGUCUCCCAGCUCGCCCUCGCCUGGACCGCCACGAACCCCAACGUCAGCACCGUCAUCCUCGGCGCCACCAAGAUCGAGCAGCUCACCGACAACCUCAAGGCCCUCGACGUCAUCGACAAGCUGACCCCCGAGAUCCUCGAGGAGAUCGAGGCCGUGCUGGAUAACAAGCCGCCCGGCGUCGCCACCUAUGGGCGGAAGCGGUAG